UAUUGACAUAAUCAUGUUUCUUUUUCUCCAGAUCAUCACCAAAAUUAAAUGGCAUAAUGAUUCGAAUGUGGAAACUGUCGACUACAUCUGCGACAGGAUAUUUGAGCUGACGGACAAAAACAAAGACAGUCAGAUAUCUCUGGAGGAGUUUAUUGAGGGAGCAGAGAAGGAUCCGUGGCUCAUGGAGCAGCUCCGACUGGACUUAGCGCCUAAAACCUGGUUCAUUAAAACCCAGCAGAAGAAGAACUGAGUCCUCCAGACUGCAGGAAUAGUCAGCCUUACCAUCAUAAGAACAACAGACACACUGGACUAAACCUCAGCGGCCAGCCUUAAUGUUCAGGUUCUGUUUUUCUGGGAAAAGGUUUUUCCCAUUUUCCUUCAAAAUAAUCCAUAUUUG